AGGACAAGGACAAAGAACAGGAAACAGGGGUCAAGAUGAGGGCGGUCUUUCUCCUGGGACUCCUCCCACUUAUAGGGCUUUUCAAAGAAGUUAAAACACAAACAACACAACCAAGCAACGGCUCCAUCUUAAUACCAGACCUGCCACCAGUGUCAGCAGCACCCAUCCCAACACCCGUCAAAGCACAACCUCAAACUUCCCCUUCAACAUCACAAUCUACAGAGCUCAAUCCAUCUCCAUCCACAGCAAGGACAACACAGGAUUCAUCAACAGUCUCACUCUCCUCUACACCAGCAGCCACAACUCCAACUGGCUCCAUCUCAACACCAGCACAGCCACCAAUGUCAGCAGCACCCAUCACAGCACCACCUCAAGCUUCCCCAUCAACAUCACAAUCUACAGAGCACAAUCCAUCUCCAUCCACAGCAACCAGGACAACACAGGAGUCAUCAACAGUCUUACUCUCCGCUAUGCCAGCAGCCACAAUUCUACCUGCAAACGUUACAGCACCACCUAAAACUUCCCCAACAUCACAAUCUACAGAGCUCGAUCCAUCCGCAUCCACAGCAAACAUAACAACACGGAAUUCAUCAGCAGCCUCCUCUACACCAGCAGCCACAGUUCCACCUCCAUUUUCAGGGAACUGCUCCUCCCCAACACCACUCUGCUGUCUGGGCACAAACAACUCAUGCUUCCGAACCAGCUGCUAUUGUGAUGAGAUCUGCGUCUCUAUCGGAGACUGCUGUUCUGACUACAAUCAGACUUGUAGUUCACUUCAACCCUCCAGAGUCAUCAUGAAAGUGAGAGGCAACCUGACCACAAACAGGGGAGAGGCGGCCUUCCGGGAACUGGACUUUCUUGUAGCGAACAGACUGAGGGAGCUCUGCAGUAACUGUGCCGUAGAGAUUCUAAACAGAACAAUCAUGAAGGAUCCUUGAGUGAUAGACAUUCAAUGGAGUCUUAGGAGAUUGAAAGAUACAGCCUUUACUCUCCUGUUCCUGUUUGGCCUUCCCCUUUUCACUUAUACUUUCUAUUAAUUCCUUGUGUUUCAGUUAAUCUUAUAAUAAGAUACGAUGAUAAGAUGUUUGGUGGGGAGCAUUGGAGACACUUGGCAGCAACUUGUCUAUCCACAGUUGGCCCUUUUUCUAAAGAACACAAUGACAUGUCUAGGGAAUGCACAGCCCUCAUCUUUUACUUGUGUGAAAGACGAAGCCACAGACAAUCAGCCAAUCAACACUUUGGCGUCUGGAGCCCAGAAGUAAUAGUUUAACUGUAAAUGUUGUUGAGUUCACAUGACCCUCUUUCAUCAGCAGGGAGGACUGCAUCUACAAUUUAUCUCUCAAAUAUUAUUAAUAUACAGAUACUGCAGCAUGUAGGCCUAACCCUUUUAGACCAACAAUGCAUUCUGUAUAUUAACAUCAGCAUAUACCCUGUAUGUUUCCCAGUUUUCUAUCAUUCAUCUGACUAUAAGUGCUACAAUAAUUCAAGCACUAAAUUACUGAUUCAUUAUCUGUCUAUUUUAAUUUAAGACGAAUUGAGAUUUGAAUUUACACCUUCUCAACACAACACACAGAUGGCAUUACUACUGUUUCACCACUAGAGUGCAGCACAACAAAGUUACAACACUGUUGAGGGUGAAAAAGCUGAAUGAAAACCCUAAACCACCUUGCAGUAACCUAUCACUAUACCUUUUUGGUGACGAUUAUAAAGCCUUUUCUGCUGGUCAGACCAUAUAUUACAUGACUGUAUUAACUUGUUUUGGCAAAUAGCCGGAUAAUACGGGAUAAUGUAGAACGCCGGUGGAACUCCAAGAAAAACAACUGACUUGAGAAUGCACUGAAAUUUACCAUAACCCUUUUCUGUUUAGGCAAAACAUUUACAGUUACACAAGAUGCUGAUCUAGUGCAAAUGACUGUAAUUUCAACACUUAAAACAGGUCUAAAUUGCCCUGUCAUUCAUUGCAUCCCCCAGUGAAAUUGUAAUGUCAGAACAGGUCACUUACAUAACAGCCCACAUUGAUUCUCUCCACAGAAUCCAUUCCUAUGAUUCAUGUAUGUCUUCCUCGAGGAACAUUGAGGAUGGUACUGCAGUAACAAUCUCAGCUCUUCAAUAAAACACACAAAACACAAAUGUCGAUAUUUAGACAUUGUGAACCAAA